GUUAUGUUUUGAUUUGGGUUUAUUGUUUAUUUACUUAUACGGUUAUACAAUUUUUUAUAUUUCAUAAGUUGAUUUAAAAAAAUAUAUAUACGAUAAAAUGUUUCCAGAAUAGAAGCACAAUUUACUGUAAUAAUGAUUAGUAAUAUUGAUAAAAAAUUCUGUUUUAAUAAUGAAAAACUAAAAUAUGAAGAGCAAAAAUCCAGCCAAACGAACAUAUCGUGGAGCAGUUCAGAUUCUGAUGAUGAACCGAAUACAUUUUUCCAGUUAAAAAAAUUAAAAACGAAAUAUAAUAACUCCAGUCUUAAUUGGAUAAAGCCAGCAGUAACUGAAACUUUUUUGGAGAACAAACAGAGAAGCCCUGACGAAUCUCCUGUUAUUAGUAGUUGUGCAGUACAAGAGAUGUCCCCGGUUUUAUCAGAAAGCACAUCGUCUGAAGUUGCAAACGAAUCAUCCCCUGUUAUUGGAAAAAGACGUCUAUUAAAAAGAAUGAGAAGCAAAUUCAAAAAAUCUUCCAAGUUGAAAUUUGAAUCUUCUCCAGAUAUUUUUGAAUCCCAAAGUUCACUAAUUAUAGAAAAUGAUUCCCCAGAGUUUUUAGUUAGUAAUGGAGACAUUUCUCCAAUUAAAUCACUGGAUAUUCAUGAUAUAAGCUCUCAAAAAUCUACACAAACAGAUUUACAAAGAAGUUUAGAAUCAAUAUAUCCAUUUCCUAGUCAACAUAGUAGUCAAAUUACUAGAUAUGAUAGUACUGAAAGUAACAAUUCAAAUAAUUCACUUUACUACCAACCUGGUUCUAAAAGAAAACGUUAUAAAAAGGAUGGUCUCGCUUUUCAGCUCCAAAACGUACUACACUUAAAAAAAUCUAAGAUUUCCAUAUGGAAACACGAACUCUAUAUGAAGAGAGUCUCCAAUGUAGAAGGAAUGAUUCAGUUCCUAGUUUUGAAAGUCAAAAAAGAAUAUGGCAAAGUGGUUCUUAAUUGUAGUGAAAUUGUGAAAAAGACUGAAAGAGUUGUAUUUAGUGACUCAUUAUUAAGUGCUGAACAUGAAAACUUUAUGUUAGUUUUAAUUAGUGGGACUGAAAACAUAAAUUUUAUGGAAAGAAAUACAUAUAAAUUAUAUCCACCAUAUGAAGCUAAAAUGGUAUUGUACAAUAAUUCUAAAGAAGUUAUAUGUUAUUAUAAUGUGAGCAAGAUUAUAAGUUGAAAAAUACAAUGGAC